AUGGCUGCAGCGUUGAUGCCGGAUGGAAAUGCUGUCUUCCUAGAUAAGGUCGAAAACUACACUCAACUGACGUUGGGGACCGGUCGGUACGCCUACUCCGCCGAAUUCAAUUUUACCACCAAUACGCCACGUCCACUGUCUUACAAGACGAACGCAUUUUGCUCUGGUGGCUCGUUUCUUGCUGAUGGCCGUGUUAUAUCAGUGGGCGGUAAUGAGCCCCUUGCAGAGAUUGAUUCAAGUGUUGGCAACGGUUUUCGCGGAAUACGUUACUUCCAACAUGGUAAUCACCGUGACGGUUGGGAUGAACCUGGCCACUUAUUAUCUUCUGCUCGCUGGUACUCCAGUGUGCAAAUAAUGCACAACAAGACCCUCUUGGUGGUAUCCGGCAGUCUGAAUGGCUUGGAUCCAAUGAACGGCGACAAUAACAAUCCAACUUUUGAAAUUCUAAACGAGAUUGGCGUGUCAAUAACCCACAGCAUUGGCUUAUCAAUUCUGGAGAGAAAUCAACCCUAUUACAUGUAUCCUUUCCUGCAUUUGCUCAAAGAUGGAAAUAUUUUUAUCUUCGUGUCUCGCUCAGCAGAAAUAUACGAUGCCCAGAGACAAGCAACUGUUCAGUCACUGCCAGAUCUACCUGGGGCUUACCGAACAUAUCCCAAUACAGGGGGGAGCGUGCUGCUACCAUUGGCUAAUAAUAAGGAUUGGGUCCCCGAAGUCAUGAUUUGUGGAGGCGGAGAAUACGACGAUCCAGAGAGCCCUGCGGAUCCGACUUGUGGGCGAAUCCAGCCACUGUCCGCAGACCCUGUAUGGGAGAUAGAGCGUAUGUUAGAAGAGAGAAUAAUGGUCGAGGGAGUACUGAUCCCCGAUGGAAAGGUGGUUUGGUUGAACGGUGCUCGACAGGGUGCCCAAGGUUUUGGGACUGCCAAGAAGCCGUGCUUUGAUGCUCUGCUUUACGACCCUGACCAGCCUCGGGGCUCUAGGUGGACAAUUGCAGGUACAUCCAAAAUACCUCGGAUGUAUCAUUCAGUAGCUCUGCUGCUUCUGGAUGGCACUAUAAUGGUAGCUGGCUCUAACCCCGUCGAGCAACCACUCCUGGAAUCCGACCCCAGCGAACUAGCUACUGCGUAUCCGACUGAAUUUCGAGUCGAGAUUUUUACACCACCUUACCUUUCUGGCGACAGAGCUUUAAGACGACCGCAGGAUAUUUGGAUAUCUCAAAAGAAUCUCACAGCAAACGGUAGCCAUUUCAUUGUCGGCUUCACCGGCACAGAGAGCGCACAGUCGUUGAAGAUUGCUCUCUACCACGGCGGGUUCGUGACUCACUCACUACACAUGAGCCAGCGAUUACUUUUUCUGGACUUUGAUAAAUUUUUCCCCGGUUCCAAAUACCAAGUAGUGAAUGUGACCAUGCCACCGUCUAGCAGUAUUGCACCUCCUGGGCCGUAUGUUGUGUAUGUUGUCCUGGAUGGUGUUCCUGGAAUCGGCCAAUUCGUUAUGGUCAACUAG